GCGCCCAUGAACAAAAUUGCAAAACAUUACACUAUCCUUGGUAUAUAAGGACAGGAAUAUAAAUAUUUAACUAAAAAUGUCAUUUUCCAAAGUGUCACUGUAUUUUAAAGUUAUUAUUUCAUCAGCUGCUGUAAUAGGUGCAACAUAUUUAAUCUGCCACCUACACAAACGUAAAAAGAGAAGAAAUGGUGAUUCAUGUUGGGAAUUCCGAGAAAGAGACAAGAAAGAUAUCAAAAUUGUCUCCAGUGUUGAGGAAUGGGAGAGUGUCUUCCCUGUUCUGUCCUCAAAAUGUUCCGUAAUAAAGGGUGUGGGCUUUGACUGCGAGUGGGUGUUCUCCAGAAGUCGUUCACCAGUGUCAUUAGUGCAGAUAGCGACUGUAGAUGGAUUUUGUGUUCUUGUCCGUAUACACUUGUUCCGCCGUAUUCCACAAUCACUUAAAGAUUUUCUGGCUGAUAAGAGCAUCCUGAAGGUUGGCGUUGCAUCUCGGGACGAUGGGAGAAAACUGCUCAAGGAUUAUGGCCUGGCUGUCUCAGGCUGUGUAGAUCUCAGACAUAUCAUAUCCAGGGUGCCUUCUGUAAAGUGUUCAUCUCAAGGCCUGUCUGGUCUGGCGAGCUCCUUGCUUGGUAUUCGGAUGGUGAAGGACCAUAACAUUCGCUGUGGGGACUGGGAAGCAGAAAGCUUUUCACAGGCUCAGGUUAAAUAUGCUGCUGAUGAUGCUCUUCUUGGACUAGAUGCAUUCCUUCAGCUAGUCUGGCUGAAAUUUGGUGACACAGCUGGUCACAACAGUUACUAUGGCAACUCAGUAACUAUGGCAAAAGAGGAUUUUUGGAUAAGAGCAAGGUCACUGUGUCAAGGAGUUGUAGAUGCGACAUUCAAAUUGAAGAGGUCUCGCAACAUGAGGGAGAGCACAGCACUCAGCUCCGAUGAGGAAAAUGAGCAAGGAACCAGCAAUGAUCAGACAUCAACAUUCCGGACAUCGUCACAAAACGGAAAAACCAAUCAGUCAGGUAAAAAAGCGUUUAUGACACGACAACGUCCCCUGUACUACAACUGUCAACUCCUUGCACCUGACGGGGAUUGUCUAACGCUCUGUGAUAUACGCAAGGCAGAAUGGUACAUCAGGCAGGAGCUUGGAGACAAAGUGAGUGAUGAUCCAUUUACUGUAAAACUGCGGUUUGAGCCAAAGAAUCGGCCGACCAAUAAGAAAGAUUACUACCUUCAAGAAAAGGAAAACACAUGCGUGGUUUGUGGUUCCCAUGAGGAUUAUGUGAGAAAGCUGGUGGUACCCCAGGAAUAUAGAAAGUAUUUCCCAGCCAUUUUAAAGGACCACUCCUCCCAUGAUGUACUAUUAUUGUGUAUAAACUGUCACCUCCGAUGUUCGGAUUAUGAGACUACCCUACGCUUACGCCUGGCUGCCGAGUGUGAUGCUCCUCUGGAUUCUGGGAGAGACUCCAAGCGUCACAUUGACCAAGAUUUGGCGAAGAUCUCCUCUGCAGCAAAAGCAUUAUUAAAGAGUCGGGAUCAGAUUCCAGAAGAUAGAGUUGCUCAUCUUGAAAAGACGGUGAAAAACUUUUAUGGCGUCAAAUCCUUGCCAGUUGAAUUGUUGGAAGAUGCAGUUGCCAUGGAAACAAGGGUGCGAAAUUCACAGUACGUCCCCCAUGGACAAAAAGUUGUACAGUUCUAUAUGCAGAAACAUGGUGGACUAUUGGAGUUUGAAAAACUGUGGCGAGUACAUUUUGUGGAGGCCAUGCAGCCACAGUUUCUUCCAUAUCUGUGGUCUGUGGAACAUAAGCCGGAACGAAUGAUACCGGUCCUGGACGAUUUGGAUGGGUUUAACAGCCUAGAGAAGGAGUGAAUUAAAAGGAAUGAAUUGAUAUUAUAAUGUUAUUAAUUAGGUGAUUUCAUAUUGGCCUAGUUAUUUUUCCGAGGUUAGCUGUAUUUGCCUGGGCCUGAAAGGGCGAAGGCAAAUACAGCUGACCGAGGUCAAAUAACUCAGCAAAUAUGAAAUCACCUAAUUAAUAAGUAUUUUGUUAAUUAACUAUAACGUAUUGUUUGACAUUUUGGUUAAAAAACAUUCUAAUAACUUACCUCAAGUUUAUAUUUGAAGCCCGUUUAUUGCCGAUUCAUUCAUUGUGUCUGCGUUUCUAGACUUUACUGAUUUUGACAUGCAUCCUUUAGUGACAUUGCACAUACUUACAAAUAAAGCCCUGUACAGUCUAAGGAAGCAUGUCUUUUCAUCUUUAUUUCAUAAGAUGUGUGCCAAAAUGUCAAAUGUUGCAUCCAUUCCAUUUUUUCAGUGAACACAAACAUUAUAGUCGUAAAAUCCACCAAUAGGUUACUAAAUACAAAUGUUAUAUCAAACCUUACAGAAUGGUUGAAGAAUUUAAUGGGCUAGUAAUUUCAAAUAGGUUUAAUCAAAGCACAUUUUUUUUCACAACAGUCGUAAUACGAAAAACAAAAUGUCUUCCUUUGAAAAGAAUUUCCAACAUAUCUCUUAUAUAAGGCGAGUUUCGACAGCAAUUGAAAAUGGUCCAUUUCUCAAAUCCUAUAUUUGGCGAGUUUUGUUGCCAAUCAAAACGGAGGAAACUCAUAUUGGCCGAGUUUUGUUUUGUAUUUAGGCCCAUUACGACCCUUAUCUGUAGCGCUGGAGAUUGUCCCCGUAUCGCAUCAAAUAUGUAAUAGUUGAUUAAUAAAUAUAUAUAUUGAAGCUAAUUUUUAGCAUUGCAGCAUUCCCUGAAGAUUUGUCUGACCUGUAGAUAUCAAUAUGUUCAAAAUAGAGAAUUAUAGUUAUUGGAUGUAAAUAUUUUUGUUACACUGUUAAACUGUUACUUAUUGUAUGAAUUUUUUUGUAUGAUCCUAUUUGGGGAGAAUAAAGAUUGAGGGUGGGGUUGGCGG